AAACAAUAAACAAACUUUACUGUAUAAAGAUCCAUUCUCUGACUCAUUAAACAAAUCAGAAAAAAUAUCAGAGUGGGGAAGAAACUCAAUACAUAUAAAUACAGAGGUUCAUCCACCUACAAUUCCUGCAGUCAUCAUCAUCGACUUAUAUUAUCAAUAUCAUUACUGAAGCUGAAGCAUUUGGCUUUUCUUUUCUCACCACCAAUUCAUUCAAGAUUUCAGAGGGAUAUAGAAGAUAUACUCUGCAAAAUGGAUCCCCAAGAACAGAUUUUUGAUCGAGAUAUUAAAGGGUUGAAGAAAAAUGGUGGGCUAUGUGAUCCAUUACAUGUCCAAUGGGUGAUUAUGGAAGCUCAAAAUAAUGGGUCGGAAACGGAAUCCAUGGAAUCCUCCAUAGGUGAAGACUCCGGCGAAAACUCUGCAGAGUCGAGUUCUUCAUCGGAGUUGGAAGAAGAUGCAUCAUCUUCACCGACGUCGUCAACAUCUCCGGCGUCUGAAUAUGGGCCGUUGUACGAACUUUCAGAUCUGAUGAACCAACUCCCCAUCAAGAGGGGUCUUUCCAAACAUUAUCAAGGGAAGUCUCAAUCAUUUACAUCUUUGGCUAACGCGGCGAGCCUUGAAGAUCUUGCAAAGAAAAUUGGACCUUACAGUCAGAGGAUGAAGUCAUGUAAGAGUUAUGCUGGUUUUGAUGGUCGGAAAUAUGGUCCGAAAGCCACCAUAGCCAAGAAGCCUUCAAGACCAUCAUCAUUUUCAUCUUUUCUGGGCAGUAAAAGCAACUUUGUUGGUAGUUUUAGGCAUCCCAUUUCCCUUCAAAAGCAUUAUUGAUGUGUAAAUUGUUCAAGAUUUUAAGCUUUAUUGGUUUUAUUCUAACAUCAAGCUUUCUAACAUUCGCUGAAAAUAAAUUGUCUUAAACACAAUCGACUUAAGGUAGAUAUGUCAAUCGAUAAGGUCAAUGAUCAGUGGAAUAAAGAACGCAGUUAGAGAUAAUGGUGUUUUAUUCCUUACAUUAAUUUAUUAGAAAACUGUGAAGUGAAUUCCAACAAAUAUAUCCAUUUGAUCUUCGAUAUCUAAGGAUGGGUCGCUUCGACUUUCGAGUGUUAAUUGAAACGAAAUUGGAGGAGCAGAGGAGGAUUAGAGAAUUGAUAUUUCCAGUUGUGACGAGUUUGCCUGUGUUUCAUGCGCCGAGAUUUGUGUGUUCUGAUAACAGAAUACGCAUUCUGGACUUGGAAAGCUGAGAUAUAUGUGGUGAUUAAUUGAUUAUCUACAAAUAAGCAUAAGCAGAGUACUUUUCUUAUUGGCUAAUUGAUUACAAAUAUUUUUUGGCCAGGUAUGAUGAGUGAUAAAAAAU